UCCCUCAUCAGUGUCUCCGGCUGCUGCCGGGUUGCCAAGGAAAAGACCGAAAUAUGAGUGUGUCGGACCUGCCAAGGAAAGAAGCGAACGUGCUAAAAGGCCACGAAGGUGCAGUAUUAGCGGCGAGGUUCAACAGCGACGGCAAUUAUUGCCUGAGCUGCGGCAAAGACCGCACCAUCCGUCUUUGGAACCCACACCGCGGCAUCCACAUUAAAACCUACAAAUCUCACGGCCGCGAAGUCCGCGACGUCCACGUCACCCCAGAUAACUCCAAGUUGUGUUCUUGCGGUGGGGACAGACAGAUUUUCUACUGGGAUGUCUCAACUGGUCGUGUUAUUCGCAAGUUUCGAGGCCACGAUGGCGAGGUGAAUGCAGUAAAGUUUAAUGAGUAUGCAUCAGUGGUAGUAUCUGCAGGCUAUGAUCGGUCCUUGCGUGCUUGGGACUGCAGGUCUCACAGCACUGAGCCUAUACAGAUAAUUGACUCAUUUUUGGACACUGUCAUGUCUGUGUGUUUAACAAAUACUGAAAUUAUUGGUGGGAGUGUUGAUGGAACUGUUCGAACAUUUGAUAUUCGUAUUGGUAGAGAAAUAUCAGAUGACUUGGGGCAACCUGUCAACUGUAUCUCAAUGUCAAAUGAUGGUAACUGCAUAUUAGCCAGUUGCUUGGAUUCUACUUUACGCCUUUUGGACCGAUCCACAGGUGAAUUAUUGCAAGAAUAUAAAGGACAUGCUUGCAAGUCCUAUAAAAUGGAUUGCUGCCUAACCAACACUGACGCGCAUGUAACUAGUGGAUCUGAGGAUGGCUCAAUUUUCUUCUGGGAUCUGGUAGAUGCAUCUGUGGUUUCAAAAUUCCAGGCUCAUGCAUCUGUGGUAACAAGCGUGAGUUACCAUCCAAAAGACAAUUGUUUAAUAACCUCCUCUGUGGAUGGCACUGUUCGAGUUUGGAAAACAUGAGAUUAUGGAACAAUUAAGCUCUGCGAGACUGCAUUUGUUAGGAUAGAAUUAAUACUGUUGAAAGAAUUUUGGAGGUGCAGUACCUGACAUUUUGCUUACUUCAUAAAUUGUUGUUUUAUGGCUGAACCAGAUAUUUCUCUCUAGCAUUUAUACAUGAAUGAACUUCUUUGGUUUGUGAGAAUUCUCGCAUGGUCCUCAUAUCUUGUUUAGAACUCUUUUUAGUAUAAGAAGAUUCCUAUAGAAAUUGGACCCUGGAACAGAAGAAAAAAUUCUUCUGUUAUUUGGUAUCA